UCAAAAAUAAAAAUAAAAGGAUAACACAAAUUGAAUUAAGCAGAAAAUAUGCAUUUAAUAUUAGCAGCAACAAAUUAAAUCAAGGUGGCAACCUUCUGGAAUGCAAACGUUUGCGGCAGCUUAUCGAUAAAUUGUAAACAUUCGCAUGUGUUUAGCUGCUUCUGCAUUUAUUUAGUAGAAAUUGUUUGUUUAAUUUUCGAAAAAUGACUGCCGUACCGCCGCCCGCAAAUAUCUCCACGCUUAUGCCAUUAGAAUUGGUGGACAAAUGCAUCGGCUCUAGAAUUCACAUCAUCAUGAAGAAUGACAAGGAAAUGGUGGGAACGCUUUUGGGAUUCGAUGAUUUCGUCAACAUGCUGCUGGACGAUGUUACGGAAUACGAAAACACGCCUGAUGGACGCCGCAUCACCAAAUUGGAUCAGAUUCUGCUCAAUGGCAACAACAUAACAAUGUUGGUGCCUGGCGGCGAGCUGGCCGAAUAAGAACAACUUUCCAUACAUACAUACAUAUAUUGUAAGCUUUUAAUAAAAACAUUUCGGAAACAAAAAAA